AUGAAUCGAUAUAGUGAUAUCGAUUUUACAUUCAAAAAUCUCCCAGCAGUUUAUGGUUUUCGUAGCAAAGCACUUGUUUCUAUCGGAGAAGCAUUGGAAGCAAUUGUUCCUCAAAUCGAUCAACUGCUUUAUUACAUACAAGUGGCAAGAAAACACUGUCUGUAUCCUUCAGAACAUGGCCUCACGCGUGAUGAAUCAGCGUCUGUGUAUAUUUACACAAUGGAAUGGGGCGAUAACAGUCUUUAUCGCGUAUUAAAUCGAGCAUUACGAUCUGAGGAUCGAGAAUCGCUAAAAAUUUGGUUUUCGUAUUUGAAAUUAUUUCACACCGCCCUGGAGAAAUUGCCGACGGUCAAAAAGGUGAUAUGGCGAGGUGUGCCUGUUGAUAUUGGUAACAAUUUUACAAAAGAAGAAAUUGUAACAUGGUGGAGCGUUAACUCAUGUUCAUCAUCAGUGUACGUUAUUAAGGAUUUUCUUGGCAGCACAGCGAAAACAACACUUUUUCGAAUUGAAGCUGUGAACGGUAAAAAUGUGUCUGGUUAUACAGCAUAUGAAAAUCAAGGUGAAAUCAUUUUGGGCAUUGGUACACAAUUACGUGUGAAGAGUAAUGCAUUGGAUAAUCCUCAAGGAUCUCACAUCAUACACUUAGUUGAAAUAGACGAUAAUGAUGAUGAGCCACUGGGAUCAUCUAUGAAUAAAAAUUAUGUAACACCGAAGCCAUCAAAUUCAGAUGCUUUCAGUAAGUUUAUUAGGUGCGGGCGUGAGUGUGGGUGCCACAAAGGAGACGAUUCACACCCAAACCAGAGUUGCUAGAUCAAAAAUUUCAAAAUCAGAAAGUAUUUUGUAAUCCUUAAAUGCCUAGUAUACUUUUCCACUAGCAUAAUAGCCUCUUUUUUUUUGAAAUACUAUCUUAAAAGAUAUUUCAUAAUUAAAACAAAACAAAGACACAAUAUACGUAUUCGAUUCACUCAUUAUGAGGAAGACUACAUCAAUGGUUUAAUUUCGAACUCAUUCUUUGUUUUAAAAACUUGGCGUUAAAUUUACAUACAAAUGGACGCAAAAUCAUAGAAUGGAUAUAUACACAUUCAUUCAUUAAAGUUGUUGGUGUUCGUUCUUCUUUAACAUAAUUUUCACUCAUGACUAUAUCUUCCAACAAAUCAUUCACAAUUAAGUUUUAUUUUAUCUGUAGCGCCACAAUUCAAAAUUCAAAAGAAGAGAAAAUUGUUAAACUUCAGAUCUCUAACAGAAAAAAAAUAGUUCAUCGACAUAGAAAAUCAAACCAUUUUUUCUGCAUAGCAUUCUAGUUCUUUUUGAAGAAAGAACUGCCAGUAUCCGCACACCCACACAUCCGCAACCGCACCUACACCCGCCCACACUCACACCCGCCCACACUCCCACCCACACACCCUCACUUUCAUCACCUGAAGGAUUUUCGCAUU